CGUUGGCUGGAACUCUAACUGUAACAAUAACAGAGAAUGGUCUCUGCUAGCUUAGGACACUGCCUUUAUCAAAUACAAUUUGGUUACUGCUGUCAUCUCAGAAAGUUCUUUAGAAGGAUGGGAACUAGCCGCUACCCUCCUACUUCCUCAGCUGUAUGUACCGUGUGAUCACUGUAGUCACGUGACUGCUAUGACAUUUGAAUGUCCGUGGGACAGAUGGGAACUAGCCGCUACCGGAGCAAUAUGGACGCCCUGUCAGCGCUGAAGCGUUUGUGUGGAGUUGUGUUGUUUGUUUCACAAUUGUAUGUGUUUUCUGGCCGUGGUUCCUUGAGUUUGGAGCAUUCCCAGCCAAUAGCACAGACACUGAAAGACCAGCUUCUAUCUUCUACUAUUUCUCCAAAAAACAAAAACAUUGAAACUACUGAAACACCUGAAUAUUUGGCGAAGUGUCCAAGCAACGGACUGUGCAGCAGAUUACCUUCGGACUGCAUCACUUGCAAUCAUAACUACUCGUGUAUUUAUGGGAAACCAAUUACGUUUGACUGCAUGGCCAAAGCAGGUGUUUUGUGUUUUGAUCAAUAUAAUCAACUACAGGAGAAUUUCACCCUCAACAUAACCUGCCAGUUUUGCUGGCAGCUUCCUCCUUCAGAAUAUGUGUGCUCUAAAUCAACCAACUGCAUGACUGUGUCCUGCCCCAGACAGCGUUACAAUGCUACCUGCAAGGUGCUGGAUCAUGUACACUGCCUAGGUAAACGGGAGUUUCCAAAGAUGCUGUUCUGUAAUUGGACAGGAGGCUACAAAUGGUCAACUGCCCUGGCGUUAAGCAUUACACUUGGUGGAUUUGGAGCUGAUCGAUUUUAUCUGGGACAGUGGCGAGAAGGACUUGGAAAGCUCUUUAGUUUUGGUGGACUAGGAAUCUGGACCCUGAUAGAUGUUUUCUUAAUUAUUGUUGGAUAUGUAGGUCCUGCAGAUGGUUCUCUAUAUAUUUAAUUUCACAGCUCAAUAUAAGCAGAAUGCGCCUUAAUUUUUCAGAACACGGAUCUUAAAUUUCUUUCUGCUUGUUUAUUUUUACUGUACAGUAUCUGUACUGAAUCUGCCUUUUAAUUAAGGUGACCUGUAAGCAGUUUAUUGUAACUUAUUUGUGUUAACAAUGGACUUUAAUUUGUUUUUCCCCCUCUUAUAUAUUUGCAUAGCUAAUGCAGGCCAGUCUAUAUUGUUGUAAACUGUAUAUAGAGCUUGUUAAGUUUAGAGACUGAUGCCUCCAAUCUAUGCAAUUUAUGUUAUUUCCAAUAUCUGGUUUUCAACUGGCCCAUCUCUCUCAGGACUGUUUAUUGCUUCACUUCAGUGUAAAUGGGCGUGGUUAAACCCUCCUAUAUAAACACACAUUCAGAGUAAAGUUAAAUUAGUAUAAAUAAACUUUAAAAUGUU